CAACCUGCUUAUAAAGGGCUCGCACGUUGUUGCUCUACAUUAGUGCAUAUUGCCGUAUUUUGGGUCACUUCACGCACAAAGACAUUCGCUCUCAUGGCGUUGGACUUGCUUCAUUCUGCCGAAACGCCGUUUUACUGGGUCGGUGCAUUUACCACGACCUCAUUCUUGCUGUGGCUGCUCUAUAAACUUAUCACCGGCAUUCGGAUAUGGGUUAUUGGGAACGGAGAUUUACUUUCUCCUAAAUUGGGAAAAUGGGCAGUUGUGACUGGCGCCACGGACGGCAUUGGGAAAUCCUACGCUGAGGAGCUUGCUCGCAGAGGUUUUGCCUUGAUGCUCAUAAGUCGUUCCCAGGAGAGACUAGAUGACGUCUCCCAAUCACUCAAGAGCAUGUACAAGGUGGAGACCAAGACCAUAGCUGUGGACUUUGGAGGGGCGGACAUCUACCCAAAGAUUGAAGCCGGACUGGAAGGGCUGGAAAUUGGAGUUCUGGUGAACAAUGUUGGCAUCUCUUACUCCUACCCAGAGUUUUACCUGAAUAUACCGGACUUGGAAAACUUCAUCACUACAAUGAUCAAUGUCAACAUCACCUCCGUGUGUCAUAUGACUCGUUUGGUGCUGCCCAGAAUGGUUCAGAGGUCCAAAGGUGUGAUUCUGAACAUCUCCUCAGCCAGUGGCAUGUAUCCUGUUCCACUGCUGACUGUGUACUCCGCCUCCAAGGCCUUUGUGGACUUUUUCUCUCGUGGACUCCAUACUGAGUACAAGUGCAAGGGCAUCAUUAUCCAGAGUGUUCUCCCCUUCUUUGUGGCCACCAAGAUGACCAAGAUCAGGAAGCCCACCCUGGACAAGCCCACUCCUGAUCGUUAUGUUGCUGCUGAGGUGCAAACCGUCGGACUGGAAGAUCAAACCAAUGGUUAUUUCCCCCACGCGUUUAUGGGCUGGUGGUCUGCUGUCUUCGCACCCAUCCAACUGGUUCUCUACCUCGGUGCGCGGAUGAACAAGGCUCAGCGUGGAGGUUACCUGAGGAGGAGAAAACUGAGAUAAGCCGAUCGGAUUUGACCUGAGCUGACCAAAGAAAAACAUCAGGCCCAGACUUGACUACAAGCCCCUGCUGUUUAGUUUACACGGAAGACCAUUGGCCAUAUCCAUACGUACAAUGACUUUGUAUGUUUUUGUAUCUGUCUAGGUUUUUUUAUAUACAUAUUGCUUGAAUAUUUGUACUAUUUGUUUUCCUUUCGUGUGUGUGUGUGUGUGUUGGAAAUUGUAUACAAAUGGCAAAAAGGCUUACAAACUGUGAUCUUGUUGGUUCAGUAAUGUAGAUUUCAGAACAACGGAAAGUUUGUAUUCAUUAUUUUUUUUCCGUGUUUUAUGUCCCACAUCCUGGAUUACUUUGUGCCUUAGUGCCCUGAAUCUUGAUAGCAUGACCAAAACAUCCUCUCACUACGUGCCUUGUUUUCUAUAGACCACCUAAGGUUUAUUCUUACGGUUCAGAUCUUCCAUCUUUUUCUACUAUAUUUUUAGGUUUGAAUAUUUAAAGUGCUGGAAAUGUAUUGGUGAGUUUCACUGAUUUCCAUAAUGUAGGCUACUUCUAAUGGAACCAAAAGUCUUAGCUGAUAAACACCAUGGCAAUAUUAUAAUGUAAGAUGAAGCUAUCAUCUGAAGACCAAUGAGCAGGACCUUUGUCCCGUGAGCAGUUGGUUGCAUUUUCAAAGUAGCGCAUCCAUCAACUACCAAAGAAUGAACCCAUAAUGGAAUGUAUUCAGCGCUGCGUUAUCUUAUUGUGUAGCACAAUCCUGUUUGGCUGGAUUUUCACCACUGGCUUUUGGCCUAAUUUAGUGUUUGUCUGACAGAGGUAACUUGCAACCAAUGCUUUCUCAUGAAUAUUUUGUAUGGAAACAUGCACUGCCAAAUAUGUGACAUACAAUCUUGUUUGUUAAUAAAGUUUACAACUUC